GUAAACAAAGCCAAAAGAAAAACUUAAACUAAAAAGAAAAUAAAGUGCAGAAACCUAUUAAAUUGUUGUUGUGAGCAACAAUAUAAACAAAUUAUUAAAAUACUAUUAAAAUCAUAAUGAAUAUUAAUGAAAAAGUUGAACAAUUGGCAAAAAUAACAGCAGCUUUAACGAAUGAAGUCAACGAGCUAAAAGGCAACGAUGUAAACAAUCGUCUAGAUGAAUUGGAAUGGGAAAAGGAGGCAUUAAAAAAUGAUAUUAAUGAUUUAAGAUAUUCCCUAAUGCAACAGAAUAAAAAAAUUCUGUCAUUAAUAAGGGCACAUAAUGACAAAUUGUUGGAGAGUAUAGAAUCAGAUAAACUGGCACCGCACAUUACGUUCACUAAGAAAAUUUCGGAACAGGUUAAAAGGUUUCCCAUUAAAUCGAUUAAGGAACUAGAUGCUUUGGAAAAAUAUAUAAACAAUAAAAAUCUCAAUGAACUGGUGGCUGUUGUCCAGCAGUUGUUAACACCUCAGGGUAUUGUUAAAAAUAUUGAUGCUGUCUUGUCCACCGAGUGUAUUGUGAGUUGUAAUGUUGAUGGUCAUCAUUAUAAGAGACGCUUGUUAAAUUAUACCAAAUUUAUGGAUUUACUUUUUCAAGCAGCAUAUUAUGAUGGCUAUAGUCAAAAAGUCUUUUUGGAUGAUGUACGUCGUGGCUUGAAAAUGGCAAAAAAUCGCCAUAACAAAAAUGUAUUCCGCAAUCGUCAGUUGCAGCGCCAGGAGCAAGAAGAACAAAAGGAAGUUGAUGAAGCAGAAUUAAUAGAAGUAGAGCCAAGUUAUCCUUUAUCCGAGGAAUUAAUAAAAGAAGAAAUUUUGUGUGAUUAAUAGGCCGCCUUUUUUAAUAUCUUCAUGAAGUUCCCUUACAUUUUAAUUAAUUUACAGUUAAGUUCAUACAGUAGUACUACUAUAUGGUUAAGUUUAAUAAAUAAAUUACGUAUUUACACUCUUUAAUUGAAA